GGGGUGGGCUGUGGCGUAGUGGCCGCGGUGGUGCGGUGGCCGCAGUGUGUUCAUGGUUGUGGCGGGGUCGGUCUGUGCGCUGCCACCUGCGCUCUGCUCCCCGCCCUGCCCCGUUAAGGACGUGGCCGCUGGGCUAUCAUCGCCGGGAUCCGUGUGGGGUCUCGUUGAGAGGAGACAGCAGCGUCCUCACUCACUGCCUGGGCCCUUACAGCAGCGUAACCGGCCCGCCCGGCCCGGCCCGGCCCAGUCGCAGGGCGGAGCAGCGGAGCCGGCGCCUCAUCCCGCCUCAGUGAGAAGAAAAAUGACCUAAGCACCAUCAAGCCUUUGUGGCUAAGGGCAGGAGCAGGGAUAGGGCUGCCAGGAGGAUGGCUUUGCCUGGAAGCUUACGGAGGCAGCCUGCAGACAGAGGCCUUGUGUCCCAUUGCACCCACCAUCAUAUUGUUGUGUUCCUGCUGACCUUCUUCAGCUACUCCCUGCUCCAUGCUUCCAGGAAGACAUUCAGUAAUGUCAAAGUCAGCAUUUCCAGCCAAUGGACUCCCUCCUGCCAGAACAGCACAGCCACUGAGCUCCGGCCAUAUGAGCUCUGGUACAGCAGCCAUUUAUUUCCAAAUGCAGAAGAAGCAACUCUCUUCUUGGGAACAUUGGACACUAUCUUUUUGUUUUCUUAUGCUAUGGGUCUCUUUGUCAGUGGCAUAGUUGGGGAUCGUCUGAAUUUACGCUGGGUUUUGUCCUUUGGCAUGUGUUCCUCUGCUCUGGUGGUAUUCUUCUUUGGCACGCUCACAGAAUGGUUGCAUUUCUACAACAAGUGGUUCUACUGCUGUCUCUGGGUUGUGAAUGGCUUGCUGCAGUCCACUGGUUGGCCCUGUGUGGUUGCUGUCAUGGGCAAUUGGUUUGGAAAAGCUGGGAGAGGGUUUGUGUUUGGGCUCUGGAGUGCCUGUGCAUCUGUGGGAAAUAUCCUUGGGGCAUUCCUUGCCUCCUGUGUUCUCAAAUAUGGCUAUGAGUAUGCUUUCUUGGUGACUGCCUCAGUACAGUUUGCUGGAGGGGUUGUUGUCUUCUUUGGGCUUCUGACAUCGCCAAAGGAAGUGGGGAGAAGAGACCAACCCCCACCUCACUACAACCUCCUUUCAGGCCUCCCUGAGCUUGGAGCAGAUGAAGAUGGCAGUGUGGAGGAAGAUGCUAACAGACCUUUAAUGGACGAUGAUGACGCAGAUGAUGACGACAGGAAUUACUCCAGUCAAGAAAGUGACACUGUCAACCAGCCAAAGGCCAUUGGGUUUUUCCAAGCUUGUUGUCUUCCGGGUGUAGUACUGUACUCUUUGGCCUAUGCCUGCUUGAAACUGGUGAAUUACUCCUUCUUCUUCUGGCUGCCCUUCUACCUCAGCAAUAACUUUGGAUGGAAAGAAGCAGAAGCUGACCAGCUCUCGAUCUGGUAUGAUGUGGGAGGAAUCAUAGGGGGGACUAUCCAGGGCUUGAUUUCUGAUGUGUUACAGAAGAGAGCUCCAGUGCUAGCAAUUAGCCUGCUCUUUGCUGUAGGCUCCCUUUUUGGAUACAGCCGUUCUCCAAACAGCAAGCCCAUCAACGCUGUGAUCAUGGCAAUUACAGGAUUUUUCAUCGGGGGCCCUUCCAACAUGAUCAGUUCUGCAAUUUCUGCUGACCUGGGGCGCCAGGAUCUGGUGAGAGGCAGCAGUGAAGCCCUGGCAACAGUCACAGGAAUUGUGGAUGGAACUGGCAGUAUUGGUGCUGCAGUGGGUCAGUACCUAGUGUCUUUGAUCCAGGAGAACCUGGGAUGGAUGUGGGUUUUCUAUUUCUUUAUUCUAAUGACGAGUUCAACAAUCCUGUUCAUUUCACCAUUAAUAGUGAGGGAGGUCAGGCUGCUCCUGCAUGAGCGGCACCUGCGAGUGCUGGCUGAGUGACUUCUGCUUGCCCCUGGAAGGAGCAUUGUAUGGAACUGACAGCUGGAACACUAAUCAAAACUCUGUGAGACUGUUUCAUACAUUUUCUAGGUGUGGACUUGUUCAAAAGGGUUCUGCAAGACUUUACAGAGAUGCCUUUGCAGACUCAGUGUUGGAAGUACCAAAUGCCCGUCCUGAGACCACCUGCAUCAUGGAGCUGCUGAUUGAAGCUUGACAAUCCAUGGGACUGCUGGAUUAUCCCAGCCCACCAGACUCUUCCAUGUCAGUGUUCACACUAGGGUCUUCUGCUAGGUGGUCUCACUGCUAUACCCUCUCUUAUUUAUUUCUGGGUGUCCUGACCAAAGGUCAGCUCUUUAAAACUGACAGUGGAGAGGCUGUCUUGCAAGGGAUUUCGAUGCUGUGUUGUGCCAGUGAAAUCAUGCAGUGCAUUUCAUGGGUAGUCAAAAUUUUUACUAUCACUUUAGCUUUCAGAAAGGGCCAAAAUAAUUAUUUGGAAUUUGUGCUGUCCAGUUUUAAAAAUCCUGUUGCUAAAUCUCUGCACAUACAGACCUCUGCCAUCCCUAGCUAUUAACUGUUACAUAUUCACAUUGUUUCACAUGGAGAAGUUACUUUCAUAUGUUUUUAGCAUUUUUUAAAUAAUAAUAUUAUUAUUAUUACUAAUCUCUGGGAAAUGAGAUUUUCAGUUUUUAACUAUUUAAGCAGACAAAUAGUGUGCAAUACUUUACUGUGAUCUCUGAGAACAAGCCUUAACAGAUCCUUUGUGUCUGAAGGAUCUUUGAAUGGCUUUGGGGAUCAGUAAUGGGACACAAAUACUUUUCACUACUGCUUUGUUGUUUGAACUCUUACCAGUACUGACCAAACUGGGACUGUCAGGUGACCCUCUGAAGAAAGCUGAUGUCACUGAUUUCUUACUCACUGGGCAAUUGCUCAUCUCCAGCAAAGGAGAACCAAAAUGGAAUUAAAGGAAUUUAAGGGACCUUGCUGCUCUUAGACAUGAGCUUCCUGAGAGGGACUGAGGAAUGCUCGUGGAACAGCACCAAUAAGCAAGUGCUCCUGUCCUCCCCUGUGCUCUUCUGCCUGUAGCUCGUAGAGAGCUUCAAGUUCUGGGGUUUUAAAACUUGAGUCGUACCUUGAAGAGAAAGGUAAAUGCAAGUCAGCACUAGAAACGUGUGACUGCACUUGGUAUGGUGGUAUUUGAGUACUUUUGAGAUCCUCAGUUAUCCUGUGGUAAGCAGGGUGACUGUCAGACAACCUUCUCACAUUUAUUGAUGGGAUUGGCUAAUAACUUCUCAACAGAUUUGUUUCCUGCUUUUGCCUUGGGAUGUUUCAUUGUAAUAGGCACGUGUUAACCAGCAGAACUUCUGAUCAAACAUCUAACUGUCAGGUAUGGGGGUAGGGGAGAAGAAAACAUCAUGGAGCUGAAACUUGGAAACUUCUUAAAUGGGAACAGUUGCCUUUUUAAAGUGUACAGUGAUUUUUAUUUUUUUUUUAAUUGAUGAAUGUCACUUUAUAGUCAUGCUAAUUGUAAUGAGUGGAACUCUUUAUUAGUGCCUUACAGUGUUACUGUAUUGAACAAUUGCUUGGUAAUUGCUGCUUCUGCAGUGCGGGCCCUGUGCACAUUUUUGCUUACUGUGAAACUCAGUUGCUCCAUUCUAUACCUUUUUUUUUUUUUUUUUGUGUGUGAGAGUAUCUUACUUUCUUGGUGGGGGCUUUUUUCUUGCAUUUUUUUGCUAACCCUUGAAAAAUUUCAAUGCUUGGGAAAAUGAUGCCGUUAAGCUGAAGAGGGACCUAAAUCCUGUUCUUGUCUCCUCUCAUUCCCAUUCCAAUUUUUGCCUGUAUAAUUAGAGCUGGAGACUGAGAAUCUGUCAUCCUGUUCUCAGAAUGAUGCCCUGGGGUUAGUGUUCACAUCCCAAGCUACUCAUUAGCCCCUGUACAAAUAGGAUCAGAACUCCCUGAAACUCAGUUGUUCCAAAACUGAUGGCGGCACCGCUUGCCCCAGCAGUUGUGUCUGAGAAUCUGUGGUUUCAAAUUCCAACCUGGAUGAGCUUUUUGGAGGGACGUCUGGGCGCUAGAUAAGCUCCUGAUGAAAGGUGGGGUGGGAAAGAGAGGUCGCUGGGUCUCGGGGAGGAGGGGCAGGGCCCUGUAACAAAUGGUUUCCUGUAAACAGUUCUGUCCCCUCUUGGGAAGUCUGGGACGUGGUGUGAGCACAAGCUGCCCAGCAGCAGCAGCAGUUCGAAUCUAAGGCCACCCUCGAUUAGGGUGCCUGUGACUUCAGGAUUGUUUUGCUGUUGUCCUGGGUUUUUAGGGGUUCUUGUGUAUUUUCCUCAAGGUGCUCCAAUGGAGGAAGGUUUUCAGUCUGGUCACGCCCAAAAUGAUCUCCCGUGAAUAAACUUAAUUUGACUUGAUCUGAGCUAAUUCUUCCGUGGGUUUUAUUGCGCUCUCCUUGAACGUGGUUCUGCUGAGCGUGCUCCUCGUCAGAGGAGCCUGGCUCAGGAAACUGCUCUGCACUCAACUGCUGGGAAGACCUGAACCCUGGCUGAGGCUGAAACCAAACCCUCAUCCCAGCCCUAAAAGGGGACUGUGUCCCACACGCUGUGGUUUGGCACUCUCGCUCAUGGAUCUUAUGAGAAGUUUUG